GGUGUCUAAUGUCAGUUACAUUCUUUUUGCCCUCGAACGAUUUCUUCAAACUGUGGAUGCAUAUCGGCUGAGAGUUCAUUCGAUGUACUGGUGAUAGUUAAACACAAGUGCAGAGUAACUGAGAACGAAGUGCCAACCCGAGAUCCGUGUGUAUGAUGGCGAUGUUCCGCAGUUUUGUGUCUGCUGCCCAGCUCAGGCAGCAUCACCAUCAGCAUCAGCAGCAAAACGGGGCUUCUGCGGCCGCACCUGGGGAGAGCCUUGAGAGCCAGUUUUCUUGCCCCAUUUGCUUGGAGGUGUAUUACAAGCCUGUCAGUAUUGCAAGCUGUGCACAUACGUUCUGUGGGGCCUGUCUCCAGCCCUGUCUUCAGGUGACCUCGCCCCUUUGUCCUCUCUGCCGCAUGCCUUUUGACCCAAAGAAGGUGGACAAGUCCUCCAGUGUUGAGAAACAGCUCUCCUCCUACAAAGCACCAUGCCGGGGAUGCAGCAAAAAAGUAACCCUGGUGAAAAUGAGGUCACACAUCUCCUCUUGCACAAAGGUUCAGGAACAAAUGGCCAACUGCCCAAAGUUUGUGCCUGUGGUGCCCACCUCACAACCCAUUCCCAGCAAUAUUCCAAACCGCUCAACAUUUGUGUGCCCAUACUGUGGAGCCCGCAACCUGGACCAACAAGAACUUGUGAAGCACUGCAUGGAAAACCAUCGGAAUGAUCCCAAUAAAGUGGUGUGUCCCGUGUGCUCAGCCAUGCCCUGGGGAGACCCAAGUUACAAGAGCUCCAACUUCCUACAACACCUCCUCCACAGACACAAGUUCUCCUAUGACACAUUUGUGGACUACAGUAUCGAUGAGGAGGCAGCACUGCAGGCAGCACUGGCCCUCUCACUGUCAGAGAACUGAGAGUCCACGCCAACACCCACAAUCUCCACUAACUCAACACUGUCACCAUGAGUAAAAAUCCUCCAACCUCACUCUCUCACACUGCCCUUUGUCAUAGCCCCAUCUCAUCUACAGCGCUCUCUCUCUCUCUCUCUCUCUCUCUCUCUCCAUAAGAUAAAGAAUGAGAGCUUUACACUACACUCCAGUGUUUCAUCAGCCCAUCUGAGUCCCACCCACAGCCCCCUAUCUCCUCCCUGAGGUUCCCCCAGUACAGUCUCACUCCCUGUGCCACAGAAGGAGUGGCCGCUGACCAAUCAGAACCACAAGUGGCGUCAGUACUGGUGGCAGUGGUGGGGAAGUAUCAUCAUUACUGCUGCAGUGAAUAACAAUAGCAUGUGGACUUGCUGUGGAUGACACAUUUUCAUAGUCAGAAAUGAUACGAGAGGCAUUGAUACAUGUAUGCAAAAAGAGGGAAGCUUCAUGAGUACAUUCCAGUACCAUUGUUUGUUUUAGUUAUGUGUUUUUUUUGAUGGGGGUUUUUCAGAUGGCACAAUGAUAUAAGUGAUACUCCAGGAAAAAGCUGUCACAUUGCAUGCACG